AUGGGUGCAAGACGCAUGCUUCAUUCAAUUCCAUUGUUGUCGUCGCGACCAGUUCUUAAUUUUUCAAAUGCAAUUUCGCGCUCAGUGUCAGCAGUCUCACGGCCAUUCUCUAAAACCUCUGAGUCAUCGCCGCCGCGCAAAUUUCCGUCUACCGGAUUCGAGUUGAUCGAUCCAUCUGAAAAGGUUGAGGAGGAACGGCUUCCUUUCUAUAAGAGAGAUGAAUACUAUCCCAUGAAAAUUGGCCAUGUGGUCUAUGGUCACUACCAGAUAGUCGCGAAGUUGGGUUACGGCGCAACCUCGACCGUGUGGCUCUCGCGCGAUUUGAGAAACCAGAAAUACUGGGUUCUGAAGGUUCAUAUCAAUUCUUUAAAGUAUAAUCACGAAUUGGCUGUCUAUCGGCAUUUGGCGCACCAUACCGAAGACCACCCGGGCCGGAACCAUGUUCGCGAAUUUCACGACUCAUUCACGCUCAAGGGCCCGAAUGGUAAUCAUGAAGUCUUUGUCAUGGAACCUCUGGGUAUGAGCUUGAGAAGUCUACAGGGGAUCCAAAGAGAUGGUGCCUUCCCCGAGCAGCUUGUCAUUGGUGCUCUCGCGCAAGUCUUUCUUGCGCUGGACUUUCUCCACGAAGCGGACGUCAUUCAUACCGGUACGCAGAGAGAAGCAUCUCCAAAUCGCGUCAAUCACUAUCCCGUCAUACCACCUGAAGGUGCGCAGCUAAUUGGCGAAUUAUUAGAUGUUCACUCUGACAAUCUACUCAUUGGCAUUGUGAACAAGUCAAUUUUUUCCACGGUGGAAGAAAACGAGAUCCAUAAACCAUCGCCCCGCAAGGUUGUCGGCGAUACCGUCACUCAAGUCUCUCAAUACAUGUUGGGUGGCAAAGGGCCUCUCAUUCUCUGUGAUUUGGGACAAGCACGAAUUGGCCGCGAGCAUCAUGGCAACGCUAUGCCUGUACCUUAUCGGGCCCCCGAAGUGAUUCUCAAUAUGCCAUGGGGAAAUAGCGUAGAUGCCUGGAGCGCGGGUCUUCUGGCCUGGGAUCUUCUCAGAGGAGAGAGCCUCUUCAAUGUCUAUGACCAUGAAUCUCGGGAGCUAAACGACGCUCAUCAUCUUGCAGCUAUUACGGCACUCAUUGGUCCACCACCCCCGGAAUUACUACAAAGCAGCGAGGAUUCACGCAAAUACUGGCACGAAAACGGUGAAUGGAAGGGCCCUGUCCCUUUACCACCAAAGAAGGAUUUUGAGUCUCUUAUAAGUGACUUUAUAGGAGUGGAUAAGGAAAAUUUCGUCAGCUUCAUGGAGUGUUUUAUUGCAUGGCUUCCUAACGAUCGACUUACAUGCCUGCAAGGACAUUUUCACCCUUGGCUCAAAACCGAAAAAAACCCGGCUGCGACAUGA